GUUUUUAUCGAUGUUUUUCCACCUCUAAUCACACAGAAAGUACUAGGUACCCGCACAAUUUAUGAAUUAUUGUGGCUUUUACCUAUUUAUAAUCAUGAGCUCAGAUAAAGAUCCUGACUAUUCUAUUCGACGAAACUUGCGACAAAGACAAAAAAAAAAGUGCGAGUCAAUUGAGCAGAGUAUAAUAGAUUUGGAUAAGAAUAAACGCAAAACAAAAAAAAAAGGAACCUUCUACGGGAAAAAUAGCGCAUACGACGAAUAUGGAAACAUUCGCUCCAACGGAUUGGACAUCUGCGACUGUAUGAAUGAUGAAUGUGAUGGUUGCUGGUAUGCAUGCCGUUGUUGCGGUUCUACAAAAUGCGGUCCUCAAUGUCGCUCAAAUAGGAAGUUUUUUUAUGAAGGCAUUAUAUAUGAUGGCAAGGAUUUAUCUAUAACUAAUAAAUAUGUUACCAAAUAAGUUUCACUGCACAUACACUCAACCGUAUAUUUUUGCGUACACCCCAUAAAAAUUUCAAAUUAAAAUUUUUUAGAUGUUA